AUGUCGACAGCGCACUAUGCCUCUCUCUUGUCCAACUCCACUCAGCUUCCUACACUCGAGCGGCCUAGCCCGUCUGCCUUUCCACAGCGUUUUGCAGCAGCACCGUAUCAUGCUCCCUCCCAGUCUGGUCAUCAGGACGAGCAGCGCGCCCAGUCCAAUGAACCACCUGCGCACACUGGCAAGCGCUUCUCGACCACUCAGCAUUACGCAGUCGCACCACAGAUUGCGUUACUCACAUUGCUUGUUGUAGCACCUACCUCGUCGCUCGCUGCAGCCUUCUACUAUGUUCUCUUCAGGUAUCUCGAUCGGAUUGGCGAAGGAUACUUGUACUCGACCAUAUCUGCAAACGUACCCCUCUUCAUUGGCACCAUUACAUCCACCAUCAUGUCAAUGCUCUCGUCCGUUAUCAUGAUGCUCUUUGCGUAUCGCCUGGCACAGCUCUGGAUCAACCUCGAGAAACAAGCGCGCUUUGCUGAUCUCCCAACGGCAGACCAGUUUGCACUCAUGAUGAAGAUGUGCAGCGGCGGCUCUCUCUAUGUCAUCUUUGAGUUCCUCGUGUUUGCAUCGCCCUUCCAGAUGCACCCCUCUGGGUAUGGACUACAACGCAAGACUGUCACCGAGCGGACAAGACCAAUCCUCAAAUGGACAAUCGGUGUCUUUAGUACAACAAUGCUCUUAACGCUGGCUAUUCAGGUGGCUGACGUUUGGGUGCAUAAGACCCUGAGCUCUGCGACACUGGUCUCGUCAAGCAACGCUACAGGACCAUUGCAUCCUUACUCUCGGACAUUGCGCUCAGCUUGUUUUGACCCAGACUCCAACUCGCGCUCCGUGUCAUUCAACGGAUUUGUCGACGAUAGCUGUGUAUUCGGCAGCAAUGGCUAUCUCUUUGACCCUAUCGAGACCUUUGCCACCACAACCAACACCUCCAGUCUUCAUGUCAUCGCCAAUGAUGGUGCAAUGGCCUACUUGCGACCGGCAAUCACAUCACCCAACAUCUCCUACGUUGCACAGACGGUCGGCGUGUCUACCACAUGCCAGGUCAUCACGGGUUCCUGUCCUCGUCAAGCCGUCUCAAGCGGCUAUGCCAGGUUCACAUGCCCAAGUACGUAUGCUGGCUUCAGCGGUCUACUCUUCAGCAACCAAAUCUUCGAAACGGCAAUGCUCAAUGGUACGCGCGUAACGAAUCCAUUUAGUCUUGGUGGGUCUGGUUGCUUCAAAGCCUAUGCCCCUUCAUUCGCCAAUUUGUCCACCAGCGAUUUCGUUGAUGUUGCCAAUUUCAACACCGGUAUUUACGUUGGCUUGCCACAAUCCUGUACUGUACUGGCAUGUGAAGUGUCUGUCUACAACUUGCAAUUCUCGUCAAAACCCUCGGGCACAGCGGCGCCGCCAAUCUAUGAGCUCUUGCAAGGUUCAGCUGUGCUUGCCAAUCAAAGUACUACGCAUGCGCUACAUGGAGCUAUUGCUCAAUCCUACGGUGCUGAUCAAAUCUCACUCGGCGUGACGGCCGCGGCUGUCAAGGCAAAUUCAUCGGCAGAUUUCGCGGCAUUCGUCGCAUUGGCCGUCAGUCAGACUAUCCUAGGCCAAUCUGCGAGCGUCUUUGAAGCAACCAACUCACUCAGUGAACAAGAAACGCGCACCAUCAUUGGAACAAAAGCAAGACUCGUCCCCGUUGCCGUCUUUCUCGCCUUGCAAAUCUUGCUUGCCGUCUUUUGUGUGCUCAUUGCACUCGUCUCUACAUUUGGUGUCGACAAGUCUCGUGGCAAACCAAUUCUUCACAUGCCAAGGAUGCCCUUUCAAGCAGGCGCUCAUGCCGUCAACAAUGCUCGACUGGCACUCAUUGACGUGACGACCUUGGUGCGUGAGCACUUUGGUUCAGAUGCAGUCUUUCCACCUAUGGAGAUCACGCGUCCUGCUUUUGAUGCUCAGCAUGAGCAGGCAGUGGCAAGUGCGGUAGGUCGCUCAUUGAGUCAGCCUGAUUUGGGUGAGAUGGCGAUGUUUGGUCAAUUGUCACAGGGGUAUACGACGUCCAUGCGGUCACGCGUUGCAUCAGCGGAGCAUCUCCCUCGAAACUUGGCGUCACAAGAGGAGAAGCAGGUGGAGAAAACAGUCGUUCAAGAAGCCAGUCCCGUGGAUAAUCAGCAGGCGUGA